CAAUAUUCAGUGUUUGAUGAAAAUUGACUAUUAUUUCAACAAUGUCUACCGGAGUAAAUUGCGAGGACAUCAUACGGGCCAAUGAUGAAAUAACGUGAAAAUGCCCCUGGUGUUUGACUUGAUCCAACGACCGUCGGUUUAUUGGCAAUGGCUACACAGUCAAAGCCAGCAAGAAGCAAGCCCUGUUUGCAACAACCAGAACCAAUGGCAGAAACCAAUCACCGAAUAUGGGUGGAACGACUCCCAAUGGUUGGACAAACUGAAGGCUUCGCCUUAAAGGGAAAAUCUAGAAAAAUCGAUUUUGACCCAGCUGAUUGGGCAGAAUCGCGACAUGUGGUUGACGCAGUGAUGGAACUCCUCCUGACAGAACUGAGGAGUCAGGCAGAAGCGAACUAUAAAGGCCUUCGUAUCGACUCGUACGUUAGACAGGGUAGCUCGCGAGAGGGAAUGAAAGUCAUAAAAGCCGAUGAAUUCGACGCAAUGCUUGAGUUUCAUUUUGAUGGGUUGGAAAGUAAAAUUGAACAAACGGAAAUCAAGAACAGCGAAGGCUUUAACAUUCAGGGACAUUGCUUUUUGGAAAUUCGGGACGUUGAUAUGGCUUAUCUGAGAGGAAGAUAUCCAACAUUAUACGCUAAAAGCGUAUUUGUCCAAUUUCCUGGAAAAAAAUACUUGAGCUCCAAAAAUCUUCACACUAAAAUCUUUUAGUCAAUGCUUGAUACAGCAAUCGAAAACAUCAAUACAGCGAUCGACCAUCACAACAGAAUCACAAGUCAAAUGCCAAAAUUCGGUUUGCGAAGAAAAAUGAAUCCACCGUCUGUCAACGUUAAAAUCAAUUUAAAAGGGGGUGUGACGUACGACGAAUGGGGCGGUAUUAAAACAUCCAAGAAUAGGGAAAUUGAUUUAGAUUUUGUCCCUGCCUUUCUGAUGCGUCGUGACCAAACCACUAGGUACGAAGGGGCAUUGCUGCAAUGCCCGAUACACGCCAUAUGCAAAUGGGCAGAAGAGGACAGUCACAAAGCGCUUGAAUUUGUCGACCAGGACCUCAAAUGGGAUGUUAAGUCCAUUUGAUACGAACGAAAUAUCCUAGAUGUUGCUCGAACAGAUCGGAAAAUGCUGAUUAUUCUGACUGCGCUCAGAAUCAUGAAAACCUGUUUUGUGAAGACAAAGGACGACGCAAGAGACUCGGGGCGUUCUCCUCCGCAGAUAGUUACAGUGCUGAAGUCAUACUAUCUCAAACAAGUGGCCUUCUAUCUGAUCAUGUAUCUUUGUCAUAAAUACCCACACUUCGAAGUACACGGUGUGCAAAAAGCCUUGCUAUAUUUUCUUGACUUGAUUCGCAUCGCCUUGAGAGAAAAGCAUCUGCCGCAUUUCUUUUUCUCCGACAACUGCAAAACUGAAACAAUGCUUCCGGGGUACCCAAUGCUGCCUGCUCCUAGGCUGAGGUUUGAUUUGUUCAGAAAAAUACCCAAUGAUUCACUCACACAAGCUCUUACAUCUUUGGACAACAAUAUCGUACCGAAACUUUUCUUCACGUUCGGGAUAGAUGACGAUAUUGAAAGAGACCAAGUUCGUCAAAACUUCAAACGCACAGUUACCGGGUCGGAUUUCUUCUAAACAUUGGAGUUAACUAUAUGUGAGUCAAAGGCUGAAUAGAAUGACUGCAUGAAUUUUCAUUGGAAAGGUAGAACUGCUCUUGCUGUGAUCGAUGGUUUUGUGUUUGAUAUAAAUUGUGUAAAUUAUUACAUAAAGCUAAAGACGUUAUUAUUUCGCACUGAUGCAUUGAUUACUGUACCUGUUUUUGUGAUUUCAUAUUCCCCUGAUAUUUCAAUGUUAUGAAUUUCUGCAUGUUGCACUGAAAUUUCUUUCAACAAAUGUUAUGUACAUUUUUAGCCUUUAUACAGGUUCAUUUAUAUUGCAAAAGUCGCCGGCCUAGUAUAACAUGUAUAUAGUGACAUGUUUGUUGCCCGGUGUCUUUGCCUGUUCCGUUACAUUUUUAUGUCCGCUCUCUGUCUUAAGCAUUUCACAUGUAAUAUUUUCCAAACCUGAUUAUAAUUUUUUGGGCAUACUAUCUAAAACAAUACGAUCAACAGCCAGACGCACUACCAAGUGAAGUGUUAUGUACCUCGAUUGGUGAACAAUUUACCAAAAUCACCAGGAAUUGCCAGAAUCAUCCUUUCCCGCUCGUUCGUUUAAAAGAAAACAAAUUUCAUUUAAGGUAUAGUGGUUAUGUUGUGAUUCUUACUUAUAUCGACGUGAUAUCAUUUCCGUAUUAAUUUUACUUGAAAA